AUGACUGAAAAUAAUCAAUAUCAACAACAACAAUCUUCUUCCACAUUCCCAAAUUUCUUUGUACCAAAAAUAGAUUUAUCAUCUUCAUUUAAACCAUUUAUACAAAAUGAUAACAAAAAUGGUCAUCAAAAAAUUAGAGAGAGAGAAUAUAAAGGUGGUAAUACAUUAGAUGAAAGUGUUUUAUCAACUUUAAAACGUGAUGGAAUACAAAUUGCUCGUCGUUUAUAUAUAAUUGUAUGGCCGAUGCAAUUAGCUAAACUUGCAAAAACUCAACAAACUAAGUUUUUAAAUUUUGCUAAUCAAAAUGGUAUAAAUAUUCCUAUACCAGACGGUAAUGAAGAUGAAAAUCAAUUUAGUGGUGACUUGGACUUACAAGAAAAUUUACAUUGGGAUUUAUGGGGGCCAUUAUUAUUCUCAUUAAUUUAUAGUACUGUAUUAGCUACUUCAUCAAGUCAAGCAAAUACUGUUUUCACUGGAAGUUUUAGCUUUAUUUGGAUUUUUUAUAUUAUAAUAGGUUUAAAUGUUCAAUUAUUAGGUGGUACCAUUUCAUUCCUCAGUGCAAUUAGUGCAAUUGGUUAUUCAAUGUUUCCAAUAGUAUUGGGAGAAUUAUUUUGCUCUUUAUUAAUUAAAUGGAGAUUAAUUAGAUUAUUUUUAGUGAUUAUUUUAGAUAUUUGGAGUAUUUAUGUUGGUGUUAUGUCGGUCAAAUGUUCUGGAGUUUAUCCUGGAAGAGUUUUAUUGGCAAUGUAUCCAGUUGGAUUAUUUUAUACGUUAUUAUCAUGGUUAAGCAUCAUAACAUAA